AUGGCUGCAGAACAAAGAAAGCUGCUCGAGCAGCUCAUGGGUGGCUCAGCCACUACGCGAUCGGCCUCGCUGUCCAUGACCGACCCCAAAGUUUGCAGAUCCUUCCUCGUCGGCACAUGUCCUCACGAUCUCUUCACCAACACCAAACAAGAUCUGGGCUCCUGCCCAAAACAGCACUCAGAGGCUCUGAAGGCCGAGUAUGAGGCAUUGUCGGAUAAGGAAAAACAGAAAUACGGUUUCGAGUACGACUACAUGCGGGACCUGCAAAAGUACAUCGACGAUUGCAACAGGAGAAUAGACUCGGCACAGCGCAGGCUUGAAAAGACACCAGACGAGAUCAGGCAGACCAAUGCUCUGUUGAAAAGUAUUUCCGAGCUGUCCUCCACAAUCCACAAUGGCACCCUCGAAGUUGAAAUCCUCGGUGAAAUGGGCGAGGUAUCCCGUGCGAUCGACGAGUUUUACCGUGUGCGCCAGGCACAACAGACGAAAUUGGAUCGCGAGAAGGAACUCAAAGCUCUUUCUGACACUUCAGGUCCGUCCGGCCACCAGAAGCUUCAGGUGUGUGAUGUAUGCGGCGCCUACCUUAGCAGACUUGACAACGACCGUCGCUUGGCCGACCACUUUUACGGAAAGAUGCACCUUGGAUACGCACAGAUGCGUAAAACCUACGACGCGUUCCCCAAGGAAAUGCGCCAUCGCAUGCGAGCGCCAGCAGACGACGACGGCAUGGGGUCCGGCGGACCAAGGGGCUCACGAAGCGGAGGCGGCUACCGCGGACGUGGAGGCAGGGGAUACCGUGGAGGAUGGUAG